GCUAUUUUAUUGGCUGGUUGGAAGAGAAUCAUGAAUAAACUUGCGUGCUCGCGAUUGUGAAUGGCGAACAACGCAUCGUCCCCCGCAAUCGGGGGGCGUUCCAUGCCUUUCUACGGUGCCGUAAGCAGACGAGGCCAUGAAGUCCAUUACACCACCACAGUGAUUCUACGCCUCAAUUCAAGAAACACAUCAUAUUUCUCUCCACCAGCUACAAACCCCGGACGCCCAACACAAUAACACGAGUACAUUCAGCGCGAAACUUAUUAACGAAUAAACCAUGUCGCCAGUCUUGUCGCUCGAAGGAAAGACCGCAAUCGUCACUGGCGGUGCAGGUGGCCUAGGUCUCUCAAUUACAGAUCUCUUCCUGGAAGCAGGCGCAAACGUGGUCGCCAUUGACAUCAACACCGAUCUGGUUCAGAAGUUCGAGUCUUCUCACGACUCGUCAAGGGCAAUUGCCGUCGAGGCGAAUGUAACCCUUGAGGAAGACCUAGAGGACCUGUUCAAAACGACGAUCAAGAAAUUUGGCAAGAUCGAUAUUAUCGUCAACAAUGCUGGAGUCACUGAUCGCCUAGAUCCGGUCGGCACACUGGAAAAAGAUCUCUGGGAUCGCAUCAUUGCGGUCAACCUGACAGCUCCGAUGAUGGUCACUAAGCUCGGUGUUAAUCACAUGAUGGAGAAGCAGAUCAAGGGCUCGAUAAUCAACAUCGGAUCCGUUGCUGCUCUUCGUGGCUUUGCUGCCGGUGCUGCGUAUACCGCUUCCAAGCAUGGUCUUGUAGGCUUGACGAAGAACACGGCAGCGUUCUACACAGACAAGGGAAUUCGAUGCAACGCUGUUCUUCCAUCAGGAAUGGAGACCAACAUUUCGAAGACUCUUACCAAGGGUAUUAACGACGAGGGAUACUGCCAUAUGAUGAAGGGACCUGUAACAAUGGUCGACCCCAAGCAAGUGGCGCAAACCGUGUUGUUCCUGGCCUCCGACGCCUCGAACACCGUCAGUGGUUCCUGCAUCGCCACUGAUCUUGGUUAUGCAGCUUCUUAAUUAGUUCGUUCUCGAACGUAAUGACAAACGAACAAAAGUUACUCAGCAA